GGGAAAAUCUUACAUUCUACGUCGAAGCAUUUGUCGUUUGUCGUUCACAUAGAAUGAAGGUGGGUUAGUUCUUCCAAAUUUGUACAUAAGAAAUAUUUGUUUUAGAAAUAUUGUAGUCUGGAUGUACUAUUGAGUUCUAUCAUUCUUCGUCUAUGCACAUAUAUAGUUUGUAUUCGUUCUAAAUUAUUUAAUUGACUCGCGUUUGUAACGGCCACUAUCAUGAAACCUGGAGGUGGCACAAAGGUUUCUACCGCCAAAACUGUUGCUUCUGAGGAUAAGGUCAGAAAGUCUUUGCACGUUUUGCAGCCAACAGCCACUAACAAAGAAAAUCUAGUUGGUGGUAGGAGGAUGCUGAGAUCUUCUCUAACAUCAAAAGAAACACAAAAAGGCGAUGUAAAUGAAAAGUCUAAAAAUGAUGAGAAACCAAAACGUAAAAAAAUAACUUUAAAAGAUAAAGCAGUUCAAACUGCAAGAGGAGGAAAAAUAAAAAUUGAAGUUGAAGACUUAACAUCCGAAGCUGGGCCUAGUGAAAACUACUGGGAAGUCUUGGCUGAAAGGCGGCGGAUAGCGCUUGAGGAUGCGUUAGAAGAUAACAGAGAAUUGAUUGGACGUGUUGAGAAAUUAGAAGAAGAAAAUCGCAUAUAUAAAGAAAUGUUAGAAGAAUCGAGAUCACUAGUCGAAGUUUUGCAGGAAAUGCUUGGAGAAGAUAGGAAUGAUAUAAAUAAUUCUUUAGAAGAUACCAUUUAAUUUAACGUUUUGCACUCAUGUACUAAUUGGUGCCUUAUGAUUAAAAUACAGUGCAUUAAAUUAGGCACAAUGUGUAAUCUACUCGUCAAUAAUAAAUAUUGGCGGGUCGUGUAAUUAACAAGAAAAGAAAGUCUGACUGAGUAAAGAUCCUAGAAGAACUAAAAAUGGAAACAUUUCUUGGUGUUUCUAAAUUCAUUUUAAUUAUCUUUGGUUACUUGUAUUUAUAUUAAUUUGUCAUUUAAUGAAUCAACUAAGACUAUAGCUGCAACUACAGAUGUAUUUAUCUCAUAGAAUACCACAUAAUAUAGUAUAAAUAUUAGAUAUUUUUGAUUAUAAUGAAUAAAUUGAUUUUCUAAUA